AGAGAUUUGUUUAUAUUGGGAGACGAGUACUUCUCGGUUACCUCAAAGUCUAGGUCACAAAACAGUCGCUCCAAGUGCUGUACGACAGUCUCUCAUCAUCAGCCGUACGACGACAACGACGACGACCACCACAACAAUAUGAAGCCCGAAGAUGAAGACUCGGACGCCAAGAUCCAUAUUCUUGAGCACCACAUUCCUCUACAUAAUACUACUACUACUACUACUCCUACACAUCCCUCCUCUACUAAUCCGCCGCCACUGUCGCCUCAUAGUCACCAUCGAACUCAUGGUCAUCAUCAUCAUCAUCAUCACCAUCAUAAUCAUCGACGAAAUCAUAGCACCCAUAGCCAUACCGGCGGCGCCGCCGCAGCCGAUCAGUGUCCGGUCAGUCAUAAUCACAGCGGAUCCACCCAUAGCUAUAGCCAACGGCCCAUUGAAUUAGUUUUCCAAAACAUAUCGGUUUCUAUUGAAUCAAAAUCAAUGAACAACGCCUCCUCUUCCACCUCGUCGUCGUCGUCAUCACCGUCUAAGUCACCGCAAGAGCGGCCCAUAUUGCGUGACAUCAGCGGCUACGCCAAACCGGGACAGCUGUUGGCCGUUAUGGGACCGUCGGGUAGCGGCAAGACUACAUUGUUGAGUACACUGAGCGGCCGACUGAAACCCCAGUGCGGUUGUAUUACAUUGAAUGGAGAAGCGAUUAACAAACAGCUGAGACGUAAAAUCUGUUAUGUCUUACAACAGGACAUCUUCUUUCCCAGUCUUACACUCAGACAAACCCUAAUUUAUACUGCUCAGCUUAGACUACCCGAUUCAAUCAACUACAAUGAAAAGCUCAGUCACGUAGAAAAGAUUAUCGACAUACUUGACCUGAGGCACUGUCAGGACACCAUAAUCGGCGAUAUUAUCAAAAGAGGUCUAUCGGGAGGCGAGAAAAAAAGGGCUAACAUUGCCUGCGAACUGUUGACAAAUCCCAAUAUACUAUUGAUUGACGAGCCGACAUCGGGUCUGGACUCGAGUACUGCCCACAGUCUGAUGCAGACACUGAAAGACUAUGCCGUCAAAGAAAAGAAGACAAUUGUGGCUACUCUUCAUCAGCCAUCGUCGCAGAUGUUCUACAUGAUUGACAAACUGUUGCUACUGUGUUCGGGUCGGUCGGCCUAUUUCGGUGACGUCCGAUCGGUGGUACCGUUCUUCAGCGGUAUCGGUCUGGAGAUUACUGCUCACUACAAUCCCGCGGAUUUUGUAAUGGAAAAAGUCAAGAAUCCCGGCCUCCAGGAGAAGAUCAUCGAAGCGGCCAAAGCACUGCCCAAAUCUCCGUCAGACGAGGAAGAGUCCGAUGACGACGACUGUCGUCCUAAUCAUAUCAGUCGUCAUAUUAGACGUCAAAUCAGUUCCUAUCGUCAAGAAGUCGAUGAAGAAGAAGAAGAAGACGCUAUGGUUGUAGUCGUGAAAAGUCGUGACCGUUCGCCGGCUUUUCAUCAUUCGGACGCCUCCGAUGACUAUCAUCAUCAUUACCAUCAUGUCGACGAUAACGACGACAAUCAUUCGCCGUCGCAGACAUUGAAACAGUCGCCAAACGACGACAAUAUGCAUGUGGUGGUCACCAUCCACGACACUGACGACCAUAAAGACUACGAUUCUGGUCGGUCGUCGUGGUCUCAAACGGACCGCAGUUCGUCAUCCACUUUUUCGUCCAACUGUUCGUACGGCGGUGCGGCUGCGGCUGACGAUAAUCUAUGCGCUAAUAGUGUCUACUAUGCAACAACCAAAAAUGGCCGCAGUGACCAAAAGUGGCCGACCAGUUUCUGGACACAGUUGCGAGUGUUGACAAAACGCAACUUCUAUGAGGCUCGCCAUCGGAUGCUUUCUAAACUCAAUUGGAUUCAGACGAUAGCCUUGGCACUGGUGGCCGGACUUAUCUGGUUUCAAGUGGUCCGCACAGAGGACACACUGGACGAUGUCAGGGGUUGGAUGUUCUUCACCACCACCUACUGGAUGCUGUUUGCACUGUUCGGUGCUCUCAUAUCGUUUCCAGCCGAACGAGACGUUAUCAAUAAGGAACGGUCGUCGGGCGCCUAUCGACUAUCAUCAUACUAUAUCGCCAAAAUGAUUGGCGAACUACCCCUAACCAUAACACUGCCCUCAGUAUUCUUCAUCAUCAGCUAUCCGAUGCUCGGCUGGUCCAACAUUACUACCUUUCUGUCGUUGUGGGCAUUCUUGAUACUAUCGACUGUCUGUGCCCAGAGUGUCGGCCUGUUUAUCGGUGCCCUGUGUAACGAUCUGGAAGUUUCGGUAACCCUGUCGGCACUGUACUCGCUGUCGACAAUGCUGUUUGCCGGCUAUUAUUCGGCAACAAUGCCCGGCUGGUUGUCGUGGAUGCGCUACUGUUCAAUAGUCUACUAUGCCUUACUAAACAUGCAGAUGAGCGAAUUUUUUAGCGGACUACCCAUACCAUGUUCAACAAAGAUGUCUAAAUUCUUGUCGUGCAAACUGAACGCUACGGACUCGGCGGUGGCGACCAUCGGUGAUAGUCUGAUCACUGGGACGACAACCAGUGCGGCGGCGACCAUACCAUACGAUGAACUAUCGGCUCAAUUGGAUAUUAUGAAUGACGGGUCAGAGCCGUUGCCCAUUUGGUUCAAUACAUUAGUAUUAAUAAUAUUUUUGAUAACAUUUCGACUGAUGGGUUAUCUCGUACUCAGAUAUUAUCGUAAACCAAAAUAA